AUGUCAACAGGAGGAGGAAGAGAAGGUGGAGGAGGAGGAGGAGGAGGAGGAGGAGGCAGAGGUGGAGGUGGAGGUGGAAAGGGCGAGCGGGUGCGGGCCUUAGCUGCUUUUGCUAUUUCUGCUGGGGCUGCUGCUGUUUCUCUCUUUGCUGUUGUUGGUUCUGCUGCUGACGUAUCUGCUGUUUCUGGUCCUGCUGCUGCUGCUCUUGUUUCUUCUGGGCCUGGUGAUGUUUCUGCUACUGCUCUUGUUUCUGUUGUUAUUGAUUUAGCUGUUGCAGAAGCUGGUGCUACUUCUAUUGCUGUUUCUUCUGCUUUUUCUCCUGCUGUGGUCGUUGGCUCCAUAGAGGCUGCUGCUGUUUCUUCUGCUGUGGCCGUUGAAGCUGCUGCUGUUAUUUCUGCUGCUUUUGCUUUUACUUCUGCUACUGCAUCUGCUGCUGUUUCUCCUGCUGUGGCCGUUGGCUCAAUAGAUGCUGCUGCUGUUAUUUCUGCUAAUGGAUCUGGUGCUCUUUCUUCUGCUGUGGCCGUUGGCUCAAUAGAAGCUGUUGCUGUUAUUUCUGCUAAUGGAUCUGGUGCUCUUUCUCCUGCUGUGGCCGUUGGCUCAGCAGAAGCUGCUGCUUCUGCUUCUGCUACCACUCACCCAAGAGUGGACGAAGACGAUUUGCCCAAUCCAUCUUGUCAACGACCCUCCCUCUCCUCUCCUUUAGUGCAUUAUCGCAUUAUCCAGCUCUCGGGGAUUGUAUCUCAUUGCCUCGUCUAG